ACGACCAGUGAAAAGGUCACGUGCUCGAGAAACGGUGAGAUAUGGCAGACAGAACAUGAAUGUCGUUCUACAUGCUGUAUAUAAAGCCCCACUGGAAAGAAAAUGCCCAAUCAGUCAUCGGUGCAGUUGCGUAUCUCACUUCAGUCGAUAAACUCACGCGAAACCUUUAUGUACGUUUUUCACUUCAAUUGUCCUGCCUUUUGGAUAUAGACAUUGUGCACUUGAUUCCUGAACUUUUACUUACCGAAAAAAAAAAUGCAAACAACCAAAAUGGAAUACUCCUACAAUUGUAGCUAUUUUCAGUACAAUAACGUGACACCCCCAAAUAUAGGCCAACAAAUGAAAGCAUUGGGCAAGUUCGCCAUGGGCGUGGGAAUUGCCGGCGGAAUUAGUACCGCGCUGUUGAUUGUCCUUUUCAUCAUCAAUGUUUUUACUAAUAUCAAGAGGAGUCCAGCACGCAGAAGAAGAUUGCUCUGCUGGAUCACUUCUAUGCCCAUGGUGGUCUCAAUAUUGUCGCUCUUUAUCUUUCUGAUUCCCAGGGCCAGUGAUAUUUGCGACACCGUCAAACAAGUGUAUUUACCUUUCGUCUUGAUGCAUUUCGUCGAUUUGGCUUUGUUGAUUCAAGGAGGCGAAGAGGGUGUCCUUAACGAGGUGGUCGAGGUUCAGGCCCCCUUUUCCUUGUGUCAACCGCCUUGUUGUUUCUUUGGAAUUUGCGUCCAUGAUCUCACUUUCACCAAGAUAAGACUUCGCAUUGUUAAAGGAUUGGUCUACCAAGCGCCAGUCUUGCAAUUUGUUUUAAUUAUAAUAAUGAACGUGCUGGAUCACGCGGAUUUUCUCGAACAAAAAACGGCCGACAAAUUAUUCCAAUUCUUUGCUGCUUUGAACAUUUUGGCAUUUAUGUUUGGAAUUUGGGGUUUCAACAUUCUGAACGCCGCUCUGAGCCCGAUGCUGAAGACCAAAUGGAAGAGAUAUAUAUUGCGAACUAAAGUGCUGAGCGCUUUUGUCGUCAUCCUGAAGAUGCAAAACUUUAUCCUGGGUAUUCUCUAUUUCUCCAAAGUCAUUCCAUGCAUCGUUCCUUACAUCUCACCGGCUAUUAUGAGAAAAACUAUUGACGCUGCCUUGUCCCUUUUGGAAUCACUUCUUUUCGGUAUCUUCUUUUACCUGGUAUACCAAGUGAGUGACAUCACCGAGAUGAAACGCUCUUCGAAAGGGGACAUGCUAGACACGCCGUCCUUUGAGCGUCACCUUCUUGCUCCUCCACCCCCUGUGAUAAUGAAGCAGCCCAUACACGAUUUUAGGAAUAUGCCUCCUGUCAAUGUAAUCGACGGAAUUUCCUACAGUGUGUGUUGAGCUUGGCAACAAAUGACUGCAAACAACAGUGCCUUAUUUAGGUUUUAAUGUAUGAAAAAUUAUUUUCGGCUACCGUAAGUAAAUCUUAA